AUGGCUACAAUAAGUGGAUCAGAAACGUUUUUGCCUCUUGCCUUGAUGGAUAAGUGUAUAGGCAGUAAAAUAUGGGUUAUGAUGAAAGGUGACAAAGAAAUAGUGGGAAAGUUAGUUGGUUUUGAUGAAUAUGUCAAUAUGGUACUAGAAGAUGUUACUGAAUACACUUACGUGAACAACGUUAAAAAAGUAAAUAAAAUAAAAAAAUUACUGCUAAAUGGUUUAAAUAUAACAAUUAUGGUUCCAGGAGGUACCCCAGUUAAUUACUACGAUUAUGAAGAAAAACUCGAGGAAAAUAUAGCAUAA